CGGAAAAGCAAUAUCUUGGUUUAAAAAUGGUUUCCCUGAACCUGCAUUUGACCUCUGAUAUCCUUCCCUGCAAGUUCUAUCUCUAGCUGGCUGCUUCCUGAUUAAGCAAUAAAUCUCUCUUCAAAGUACUUGUUUCUACCUUGCUCAUCCUUGGAUCAGAGUACCAUAGUGUGGUUAUUAAUAUGGCUUCUUCUUCUACUGCUGCUGCUCAUGCUCUCCCUCAAGACAAGUAUGAUGUCUUUCUUAGUUUUUGUGGUACAGACACGCGCCAGAAGUUUACCAGCUAUCUUUAUUAUGCUUUAAAGGAGAGGAAAAUUGAUACCUACAUGGAUGAUAGGCUUGAGAGAGGAGAUGAAAUUGAACAUGCCCUGAUGGAAGCAAUUGAGCAAUCAAAGAUUUCGAUAAUUGUUUUCUCGGAAGACUACGCCUCUUCUAGGUGGUGCUUGGAUGAACUUGUGCAUAUACUGAAAUGCAAGCAAUUAAAGAUAUGGACGCAUUACUGUACCAGUAUUUUACGAAAUAGAUCCAUCAAAUGUAAGGAAACAAGAGGGGAGUUAUAAACAAGCAUUUGGAAGACAUGAAGAAGUUUUCAAGAACAACAUGGGCAAAGUGCUCAUUUGGAGGAAAGCUGUGUCAACUGCAGCUAAUCUGUCUGGGUUUCAUUCAAAAAAUUUCAGCCCGGAGCAUGCAUUGGUUGAGACAAUUGUCAAAGAUAUUUUGAUGAAAUUGACGAGUUAUAAAUUGAAUCGCAACUCGUCAACUAAUAUGAGGGAUCUCUUUGGGAUUGAUAUUCAGAUUCAACAAAUUGAAUUGUUGUUAUCUAUUCAUACACAAGAUGUUCCGAUUCGCAUUGUAGGUAUUUGGGGCAUGGGUGGUAUCGGAAAGACCACCCUUGCUGAUGAGGUAUUUCACCGACUCUCUUCUAAAUUCGAUUCUUGUUCGUUUCUUACAAAUGUCAGGGAAGAGUCAGAGAAAUACGGAAUAUAUCAUGUGCGAAAUAAACUUCUUCGUGAGUUAUUAAGGGACGAAAGCCUAAAUAUUGGCUCUCCAUCUAUAGGGUCACAUAUUAUAGAGAGGUUGUCCCGUACGAAGGCGCUCGUUGUUCUAGAUGAUGUGAACGAUUCAAGCCAAUUAGAAGUUUUACUUGGAGAUCACGUUGGGUUUAGCUGGGGAAGUAGAAUCAUUAUAACCUCUAGAGAUAGGAGCUUAUUGAAAGAAAAAGUGGAGGAUGAACAUAUAUACCCGGUGAAGGGGUUGGAGAUUAAUGAUGCUCUUAAGCUUUUUCAUCUGAAAGCUUCCAAAGAUGGCUUUCCCAAAACAGAUUGUUCGGAUUUGUCAAGAAGAGCGGCAGAGAUUUGUAAUGGUGUGCCAUUAGCUCUUAAAGUUUUGAGUCCCUUAUUUCGUCAUUGCAAUACCAGAGAAGAUUGGGAAGAUGAAUUGAAGAGGUGGCAAGACUUUCCGAACAAAAAAAUUGAGGAUGCGUUGAGACAACAAUGGAUUACAAGAGGAUGAGAAGGGAAUAUUUCUUGAUAUUGCAUGUUUUUUUAAAGGGGAAAAGAGAUGGAAGGCAGAAAGAAUGUUAAAAAUGCACGGGUUCUCUGCACGGAGGGGAAUUGAUGUUCUCAUCAAUAAGUCUCUCAUAUCAAUUUCAGGCGACAAUCAUCUAGAGAUGCAUGAUUUGCUGCAAGAAAUGGGUCAGUCCAUCGUUCAUGAACAAUGCACUCAUAACCUUGGAAAACGCAGCAGGUUGUGGAAUGCCAAGGAUGUCUAUCAAGUAUUGAAAAAUAGGAUGGGAACUACAAAACUCCAAGCCAUACAUUCAGACAUAUCUACCAUUCCGGAGUUACAACUGAAUCCUGACACCUUCAAAAAUAUGCACAAUCUAAGGUUGCUAAAAUUUUCGGCACAGCCAAAUGUGGACAACAAAAUGCACCUUCCUGAAGGUCUCGAGUCUUUUCCUGAAGAACUUAGAUAUCUAUAUUGGGAGAGAUACCCUUCUGAAUCUUUACCAUCAGAAUUUUCUCCACACAAUCUAGUCGAGCUUCACAUGCCCAAUGGCAAAGUUAAGAAGCUUUCGCAUAAUGGUCAGUUUCCAAAUAUUGAGGCAAUAGAUCUCUGUUGGUGUACAAGUUUGGUUCAAGUCCCCAAAUCUUUUAUGAAAAAUCUUGACAAGCUUACUCGUUUGGAGCUGGCAGGGUGCUCUAGUCUUAAAGCUUCUCCUGAGUUACCACGCAAUUUGCGACAAUUGGAUUUGUCUUCUUGCUCUCAACUGACUGAAGUUCCUGAUCUCUCUCGGUGUCCAAAUGUUGAGGAAAUAGAUCUCUGUAGGUGUACAAGUUUGGUUCAACUCCCUAAAUCAAUUUUUAAAAAUCUUGACAAGCUUUUUCGUCUGCAGCUGGCAAAAUGCUCGAGUCUUAAAGUUUGUCCCGAGUUACCACGCAAUAUAUGAUAUUUGAACUUGUCCUAUUGCUCUCAGCUGACUGAAGUUCCCGAUCUCUCUGGCUGCAGUGAAAAUAUUGAGGAAAUAGAUCUCGGUCAUUGUACAAGUUUGGUGCAGGUCCCUGAUUCAUAUGUUAGAAGUCUUGAUAAGCUUACUUCUCUGUAUCUGAAAAACUGCUCGAGUCUUAAAAGUCUUCCCGAAAGUACCAAAAAAUGUACGAAACUUGGAUGCACCUUUUUGCUCUCAGCUGACUGAAUUUCCUGAUAUCUCUGGGUGUCCUGAUAUUGAGAGAGUAGAUCUUAGUCACUGUACAAGUUUGGUUCAUGUCCCUCCAUAUGUCAAAAAUCUUGAUUUCUUUCGGUAUCCAAAUAUUAAGAUAUGGCUUCUUGGUUGUACAAGUUUGGACCAGACCCCUUCAAUCAUACGUAGAAGAUCUUGACAAGCUUGUACACGGUGGUGCAUGCAUCAAAGGAUUCAGUUAGUGUCAUGCACCUGUGAAAUUGUUCGCUCAAAAAUCUUCUCGGCCACGUGUCACUGGGCCGAGGUCUUCUUUGGCUUACACGU